AUGAAGUCACCCUCUACAAAUAUGAACAGUGAGAAAUCAGUCAACGUUGAAGACCAUGAUGCAGUCUUAAGCAGUGCCAAAAUGCAUUUACAGAUACUGCUUGCGCAACUAGGAUAUCUAAAAGCUACGGAUACUGCAAUCAACGAUCCAGAACUUCAACGCUUAUUGCCCCUCUUAAGCGAAAAUUCUUCGAAGAAUGUUCCACAAGGACAAUCCGUACAAGCCCCGAAGAAAUCCAAUACUCCAAAAAUCGAGGUUUUACAUACUCCCCAAACAUUCAUAGCCAACCGGGAAUAUGUUGGCAAAAACCAUGACUUUCUUUUGGCGGAACCUGGAGACAGGGUUGUCGUUCACGCAUGGGUAGACGGAAAAGAUGCGGUGGGUUUCAAUGAACGAAACUUUUCAGCUGGGCGUAUUUCUUCGAACUUCCUUGGAGAUAAGGUACCAAAUUCAAAGGAUAAAUUCGAAUCCUUUAUAGCGGACGAACCUAAUUGUCCCAUACGAUGGUCCGGCGGCCGUCUGGACAUAAAAUCUGGGGAUCGUAUCAGGAUCUGCAUGUGGAAUAGCAAAAAGAACGGCGUUGGGGUUAAUCUUGCUACUGGGAAGAUUGGAGACUUCACUUUGGUGUAA